CUGUCGAAUCCCCGACGACUACCUCGAAUCCCGCAACCAAUAGGCCCGGCGGCUCAGCCAAGCAAGUAUGGCGGAUAUACCGAUCAAGGUGAAGCAUCAAGGCAAGACCUACGAUGUAGAGGUCUCACCUGACGGUACUGGUGAGGAGCUCAAGAUGCAGCUCUACUCUCUCACGAAUGUCGAGCCUGAGAAUCAGAAAAUCCUCGCGAAGAAGAUGGUCAAGGAUGAUACGCCAUUGUCGACGCUCGGGCUCAAGGCUGGACAAACGAUCACUCUGGUUGGAAAUCCUUCGGAUAAAAUCAUGAAAAUUGCGCCGAGGGAGAAAAUGAAGUUUGCAGAGGACAUGACUGAGGCAGAAUUGGCGCAGCAAGAAGGUGCAACGCCUGCUGGCUUGCAGAAUAUGGGCAAUACAUGCUACGCAAACGCCACACUCCAAACGCUGCGAUCUGUACCAGAGCUGCUCAGCGAACUCAAGACCUAUCGACCUGCUGCACCGACGGCUGGAUCCUCUUCAUCUUCGCUGUUCUCUCCAGAACAACUCGCGCAGGCCGGGAUCUCUGGCCUCGGUGGUGGACAGGACCUGACGCGUGCCCUUGGCGACCUAUUCCAGCAGAUGAACGAGACACAACAAGGCUUCCCGCCGAUCAUGUUCCUGACCGCUCUCCGACAGCAAUUCCCUCAAUUUGCAGAGAAGGCGAAGAACGGACAUGGGUACGCGCAGCAAGAUGCAGAAGAGGUGUGGUCUCAGUUGGUGCAUGUGUUGCACGAGAAGCUCAAGCUUGAAGGAGAUCCAGAAGGCUUUAAGACGUGGGUAGACAAAUACAUGGGGGGAAAAUUCGUGGUCACAACUAAAUGCGAAGAGGCGCCGGAGGAGGAAGCUGUUGUUAACACCGAGAGCUUCAAUGACUUGAAGUGCAACAUCCAGUCGGACACGAAUCACAUGCGAGAAGGUCUCAAAAUUGCCCUGGACGAGAAGUUGGAGAAGAACUCGGAGUCUUUGGGUCGAACGGCAGUCUACACUCGCGAAUCGCGGAUCGAUCGCCUGCCAAAAUACUUGCCGAUUCACUUCAUUCGCUUUUUCUGGCGAAAAGACACCGGAAAGAAGGCCAAGAUUUUACGCAAAGUCACAUUCCAGCACGAGAUCGAUGUCACCGAGUUCUGCACCGAUGAACUCCGAAAGAAGCUAAUUCCUGUUCGUGAUCGCAUACGUGAGGUGCGCAAAGAGGAAGAGGACGUAGAACGUGCCAAGAAACGGCAGAAGCGCAUGCAAAAGGAAAUGCAAGAAGCAGCUAAGACAGGGGCAAGCGUGCGUAGCGACGAACCGCUUCAAAAGAAAAAGGAAAAAGAGGAGCGGGAUCGGGAUCGGGAGGUGAAGGCCAAGGGACCUGCAGACGAGUCGGGGCUCGCUGAAGAGAAGAAGAGCAACGGAGCGCAGCAGGAUACCGAGAUGGGCGGCACCGAGGAGAAGUUCAAGACCGACGAGGAAAUCGAAGCAGAGCGAGCAGCAUCAAUUCUCGCCUCGAAGAAGGAACUGCUGUCGCUGGUGCACCCUGACUUGAAGCAGGAUCCUACUGCUAACCAGACCGGUCUGUACGAGCUUCGCGGCGUCGUCACGCACCAAGGCUCUUCGGCAGAUUCUGGUCACUACACGUCGUACGUGAAGAAGUCUGCACCAGCAGGCAAGGCUGAGGAUGGCAAGUGGUGGUGGUUCAAUGAUGAUAAGGUACAGGAAGUGGAGAGUGAGAAGAUCGAAACGCUCUCGGGCGGUGGCGAAAGCCACAGUGCACUCAUUCUGCUGUAUCGCGCCGUUGAGCUGCCGGUCGUGGAGGAGAAGUAGGGGAAGUGCAGGUGUGCAACGGAUCAUCAGCAGGACGUCGCACUCCCGUUGUGUAUAAAAUGAUCGAGACACACGACAGGCCAGGCCAGGCGUGCUUGGUACGUUCACAAGUGCAUUGAUGGCAUGGCAUGCGAACAGAGAACCGCGUUCCUUCCUUC